UUCCGUGUGAUGCAAUGGAACAUGUUAGCUCAAGCAUUAAGUCAAGGUACAGAUAAUUUUGUAAAAUGUCCAGCUGAAGCUUUAUCCUGGGAUAAUCGAAAAUUACAUAUCAUGGAAGAAAUCCUUACCCACAAUCCAACUAUCCUCUGUCUUCAAGAAGUUGACCAAUUUAACUUUCUAGAAAAGGAGUUAGGGAAAGUAGGUUAUAAAGGAACAUUUUGCAAAAAGCCCUUCUCACCCUGUCUAGACAUUACCCCUAAUUUUGGACCUGAUGGUUGUGCUGUGUUCUGGAAAACUUCAGAAGUCAAAGAAGUUAAAGUAGAAAAUUACAUCAUUAAACAAAAAGAAAACUAUGACACCAAUCAGAUAUGUAUUUUGUGCUGCAUGAAGUUGAAAAAUAUUGACAGUGACAUUUUUGUGGCUGUAACUCAUCUCAAAGCAAAAAAAUACUUUAAUGAAUUGAGAAAGCAACAAAGUCAAUUUAUAGCCAAACUUUUACAAGAGAAAUGUAAGAACAGUCCUGUGAUAUUAUGUGGAGAUUUUAAUGCUGAUCCUCAAGAACUAGCAUAUAAAGAAAUGGUAACAAAAGAUUUAAACCUGAAUAGUGCUUAUACAUUUUUAGACAAUUUACACAAGGAACCGGCAUAUACCACCUUAAAGAUAAGAGGAAGUCCUGUAGGCCCUUUAAAAAACUCUGCAACUAUUGAUUAUAUAUUUUUUAGCUUAAACCAUUUAAAAGUUACUUCCCUUGUACGUCUGCCAAGUGAAGAGGAAAUUGGUGAAGAUUGUCUGCCAUCUUUUACGUUUCCAUCUGAUCAUUUAUCUUUAAUUGCUGAUUUCCAUUUU